UUCCCAUUCCAUUCGAGUAGUGUGGAUCUUUGUUUCCUGACUCCUGAGACCAAAUGCUGCCUUAAUAUGGGGUUAGUUACGGCCUCUGUACAGAAAAGUAUUGCCUAAUUUUAAGGGGGAGGGGGUGCAUAAGCAAAGCAGGGGUGCAGUGUGGUAAUCAAAACUUUGGCCGGUUUAGCCUGUUUCCUUCUCUCGCGGUUACUGCAGAAGUGCCGCUGGGUGCAAACGACUUUUUGAAUUCCAUUUAGAAAGGUUGGCUAUUUAAAAACUUUCUGGUCGAAUGUAAAUCGAAUGCAAACUGUGCAUUUCAAAAGAUUGGUGGAGACAUUCUUUUAAAAUAAAGCACUCCACUUUCCAGCUUGUAUUUUUUUGACAAAGCAAGCGGCCGAUUCUGCUUUAAAUGCAGGUGGACGUGGGGGCAAUUCAGAAGCAGCAAAUCAUCCUGGGAUCCUAGUGGCAGGAAUUGAAAACCGCAGCUCCAGCCCGCACGGUGCUGGCAGAAACUUAAACCAGGAAAACAAAACGAAUAAUAAAGAAAUAUAUGCAAAUACUCUCCGCUACUGAGCUAGAUGCUGGCGUGUUGACUUUGUGCAGUGUGCAUGGGCAGGCACUUCUUGUGCAAUCUAGUAGGCGAGGAAGGAGGGAAUUCUAAAGUCGUGUCCGGGAUCGACCCCGUAGCUUGGAAAGUUUGACUCGGAGUGGGUACAUUUUUGCACAUGUCAUGGCUUGAAAAUGUUUGUAUUUAUAAACGCAGCGCGAUCGGCCAGUUGAGCAGACUUAGUGUUGGUCCGGACUGCGGAAGUACGAGAGGGCGGCGGGCGCAGUAGAACCCGGCCCGGAGCGGCGGCGAGCGGCGGGGAUUCCCGGGCCGGCACAGCGCUUCACCAAACCAAGUUGAACAAGAAGGGGGAAACCGUUCUGCUGACGAGGACUUUGUGAAACUGCUGUACAACUUCCCCGAGUGCAGAAAGCGAUGGAAGUACAUGUACCAGGGUGCGGCACUGCACCUUUGCCUCCUGGCAAAAGAUCCAAAGCAAAAGCCCCAGCACCGCCAACAUUUUCCAAGCAUGUUGAGAGCUCUUCAAUAGCUAAGAACCAAGAGGGUGAAAAUUUAACCAUGGAACCGAAAGAUAAUGUCCUGAAUGCACACAUUGAUUUGAUUGUGGUUCUGCCAGGAGGUGAAGAGCGAUCCACCAGUGUAAAUGGAAGCAAACCCAUGAUGGAUUUGUUGAUUUUCCUUUGUGGCAAGUAUCACUUGAAUCCAUCAAGUCAUACAAUUGAAUUGGUAGGAAGAGAGAAGAAUCAAAUCCGAUUCAAACCCAACACACUAAUUGGGACGUUGGAAGUAGAGAAAGUUAUUCUGAAGGAGAAAAAUGUGGAAGAAAAAAAGAAACCCACAUCAGUGGUGCCUGAGCAAACAGUGCGAGUGGUAGUAAACUACAAGAAAACACAGAAAACCAUCGUACGUGUUAGUCCACUUGUUCCCCUUCAAGAACUGAUUCCAGUAAUCAGCAAUAAGUGUGAAUUUGAUCCAAGCAGCACUAUUUUAGUCAAAGACUUUGAAUAUCUGGAACUGUAUGAUUUGACAAAAUCUCUCAAUGAGCUUGGUUUGCGAGAAGUGUGCGCUGUGGAUACCAGCAUGGGACUUCCUCAGCAUGAUUUUCAAGGUGGAUCCUUUCAGCAAGAACAGCCUCUGGUUUCAGGAAAUUUAAAUCUGGAGAAGGAAAACAAAGGAUUCUUCAACAUUUUUAGACUGAGUAAGAAGAAACGGGAAAAACCAACAAGUGCUCCAGCAACCCCAUUAAUAAGUCCACAAAGACCACUUGGCAUGAGCAGUUCGAGUGCCUAUUGCCCUACGUACGAAUCUAAUACAUUACCGUCAGACCUGCCAAAGAAAAGACGAGCACCUGCACCACCACAGCGUGUUCCACAAAGUCUUCCAAGAGAAUCAAGUCAGAAGGCAUCAGCCAGGCCUACAUCUUGCGUUUUCUCAGAUGUUUCCCUAAAUGAAUGUGCACAGGAUAUGACCGGUCCAUGUAGACAAAGAGCUGGGUCACUGCCACACAGUGAAGUUACCACAUCAAGUAACCCAUCUGUAAAAAAGAAACGAAAGGCUCCUCUGCCUCCGAGUAAAACACCUGAAGGCCAGAAGAUUCCAGAUUCUAAUCUGGGAUCUAGUCCUACACCUGAUGCUACAGAUAAGACUUUUGCUGCUAAAAUAUCAUCUACAUUAACCGAUGAUCAAGCUGUUGUUGGAUCUGAAUGUAACCUUGAGGAGAUUGUUGAGAUGGAAGAGACGAGAGCUCCAGACACUGAUGCAGCAAAUGGUAUCGUUCAGACGGAGGAGGCACUGAGUCCACAUGUUACCAUAGAUAAUCCAUCAAAAAAUGCACAGACAUCAGUAUCUGACAACUUGGAUGUUGACAAGUCUACGGCAACAGAUAAAGACGCUGAGAUGAAAUCAGAAAACAGGGUGAGUGCAGCUGAAAAUAUCGUCAGUCAAACAGCCAUGGAAAAGGAUAACAAUUCAGUGAUGGAAAAUGUAGAUAAGGAUCUUUCAGCAGUAAACAGUGGUGUUGAGGAAAAUGUAAACCAUGAAAUGCAUCCAAAAGCUUCUGAUGAAAUAUCAGGCACUUGCUGCUUGAUUCCUUCAGAUAAAGGAAUAACAGGAACAUUGAUUCAGGCAGACAUAUCUACAGAUAUGACAACAAGUCUUUUGUCAAAAGAUUCUACCAGUUUUCAGUUGACCAAUGUAACUGUCAAAGAUCAGCAAAAGAAGUCUGAUAGAAUGGAGAUAAAUGAGGUGAAAUUUGAGGAGGUUAUUUCUGAAGAAGUUAACAAUUUCCAACAGGCUCACAGUGCCAAGACAGCGAAUGGCACUAUUACCCCAUCACAUGAUAAAACAUUGAAAAAUAUUUCUGAAAAUGUGGACAAUUCUGAAGAUAAUUUCAGUUUGCCAUUGUCUUCUAAGCAACAAAAAUGUGAGUCUGUUUCAAUGAAGUCUACAGACCCAACUGUACAGAAUUUCUCCAGUAAGGAAGACUUGCCUGUUAGUAACCAACCAAUUACAGAGCCUUUAACAUUCUCUCACUCCUGUGAUGCACAGUCAACCAAAGAAGCAGUCAUAAGGCCAGAAACUCCAACAAAAAUUCCAAUAAUAUACAGGUCCGAAUCUGAACCUAAACCUAAGCCAUCUAAUGAAAUUACAAGAGAAUAUAUACCAAAGAUUGGAAUGACCACCUAUAAAAUUGUCCCUCCAAAGUCAUUGGAAAAGAGUUCACCAGGAAUCUUGCCAGAAGCUGAAACAGUGGAUCAACAAACUCCUACUUAUGAUUAUGUCCCAGCGUCUGACACUUCAAAACAGUCAUCAAGCCACUCUAAUGAAACAGAAGGAUCUGUAGCAAGUGUUGCAAGGGAGAAGACAGACAUUCAUCAAGGAGCUCGCAAUAAUGUGCUAAAAUCUGAGUCCACUGAUUCUGCAACCCAUUCCCCUAAAGCUGAAACAGCAAUUUCUAAUUUGGUUGUUGACAAUGAAUCUGAACCACACAAGGAAAAGGUUAUCAAAAGAACACAAAGUGCUUCAAAUAAUAAAAUGAAGCCUGGAUCUGCCUUCCUGCAGCUACAUAAAAGGAUCUCUGGUCAGUACGUUACCUCUGCACUUGCUAGAAGUUCCAGUUUACCUUCUCAGGCCAGCUUGGAUAUAGAGAAGGAAGAAAAUGGAGUGUCAUUUCAGGAUCUUAGUCCUACAAAUACAAUUGAUGGAGAGAUCAUAAUUCCUCCACCACCAGAAUUUGCAGGUACAUCUGAAGAGAAAGUCCAAAACAAAAUGUCCAAAUCUGGUGGGACUUCUGCAUCCCGACCUUCCCAGCCUCCAAAAGUACCAAAAAAGCCAUCUAUCCGAGUAAACUUAAGUGACACAAAAAGUCUUAGAACUACUGUUGCUUCCAAAACCUACACUCCUACCUCGCCGUCACCCUUUGCUCUUGCGGUGUCUUCAGCAGUCAGGAAAACUCAAACAAAUACAAUGUAUUCGUUUAAGCCCAAGCCUGUUGAAGCCAGCUCGUCAAACCAAUCUUCUCUCUCAGACUUUGGAAAUACAGAAUUGCAUCAAUCUUCUUCAAUUCCCAAAGAGUCCAACAACAGCAACAUAUCAAAACAGAUAAGCUUUCCUGAAAGGGAAAUAAAAAAGGAUUGCAACAUUGCAGUGGCAGAAACCCAACCACAGCACAUCCAACCACAGAUGCCAUCUCCUUUAAGAAAUACGAAGCCUCCUUUAACUUCCCAAAUCACUGACCCAGGGCAAAUUCAUCAAGCAGUACUGGAUGCAAUUCGCUCAGGAGAAGGAGCCGCUAAACUUAGAAAGGCGAAAACAUUUACCACAAUGUAACCAUAUGCACUAAUAAUUUGAUCAAUUUAGUUUGAUAUUCAUCCAAAUUAAAGUUGGAAAUUUGACUUGUGAUUAUUAAGCACUUGCAGUACACAAGUCAUCAGUAUCUUUUUCUUGCACUACAAAUGGCAUUUCACUGGAUUAGGUGAGGUUGUCUCUUGGAAUUGACUGGAUGUGAUACAUCAUGUAAUUGUGAACCUGAAGAUUACAAAUACUGUAUGUCUUAUGUGAAAAUUUUGUGCACUUAAAACAGUCUCAAGUUCACACUUUCAUUAUGAUUUCAGAUGAAAAAUUACAUUUGCAUUGUUUUGUUGUACAUAGAUACAUAAACAUAAUUGUGAAAGCAUUAUUGUAACGAGGAUGAAUAUGUUUUAAAAUCAAUUGAAAAUAUAACUGCCAUAUUUUUAAAUUCAGGUUUAUCUUCAAACUUUCAAGCUUAUAGUGUUUAGUAAUAGGAUUUCCAACUGUUGUUCAGAAGUUUUCAGAUGUAAACAAGCCAUUCAAUAUUUUGAUUUCCCUGGUACACAUUUAGCAGCGUUGCUUUUGCACAUUGUAUUUUCAGACCCCCUUUUGUUCCCAAAACUGUCUCUCUAAAUGGGAGGUCUGCAAUGAAUCUUUUCUCCAAGUCGAAGCAUUAAUGGGUUUUGUUUUACUUACACUCAAAGCCAAACCAAUAGAUGUAUAAUUGUGUAAUAAACAUAGAAAACAUAUAUGAUAUGUUUGAUGGAAAUUCUGUCUUGGUAGAAAUGAGCUUCUCUGUUACUAAACUAUUACAUCUAUGUUUUAUGCCAAGGAUUAAAGUAAAUAUUUUUUUCACCUUUUAAUGCUUAAAAAUUUUUGAUUCAAUAAGUUGAUGAAUUGUUUAAAGGAAUUUUGGUUGAGAAACAUGCAAAUUGUUUUGCUUAAAAUGAAAGCACAAUGAAAUAAUUCAAAACUAUGCCUUUACUCACUUGAUUAUGCAGUCCGUUGUAUUUGUAUUCAAUGUUUUAUUCAAUCUUUGUAAAGUAAUUUUUGGGGAGAGAGGAAUUCUAAUGUAUGAUGUAGUUUGAGUUUGCUGAAUGCAAAAAUUGUGGAAUAUUUAUGUUAAAGUAAAAACACUGUCGAUAUCACAGCAGUAUAGUUGGAUAUGUCCACUUUCAGAUUUGCUUUUUUUAAUAAAUAUAUAUAUAAUGUU